AAGAGGGGUGAAGGGGCUUAGAAACAGAAACUUCAGUAGGAAUUCAAAAUGGCUGAUUGGAAAACAGUUCUGUUGUGUUAAAGUGAUUUUAUUUGUAGACCUAAUGUCGUUGUUCACAUGAACCCAACGGUUGUCGGACAUGAAUAACGGGCCCGAAGUCGUCCACGAAGGGUGGCUCAUAAAGUCGCCUCCAGCGAAACGGAUAUUUCGUGCGAGGUGGCGGAAAAGGUGGUUUGUUCUGAGGCAAUCAGGGGAAUUGCCUGGACAAUAUUUUCUUUGCUAUUAUACUGACAAGUCUCUUAGGAAGUUGAAGGGACAAAUCGAUCUUGAUGAAUGUGAACAGGUGGAUACUGGUCUUCAGUUUGAAAACAGUAAAAACAAAUAUCAACACAUGUUUGAUGUGCGGACUCCCAAAAGAAUAUACUAUCUUGCUGCAGACACUGAAGACGAAAUGAUGAAAUGGGUGCACAAUGUUUGCCAUGUGUGUGGGUUGAAAGCAUACACACCUGAGGAAGAUGCAUACACCUACAGUGGUGCUGGAGAAGAACCAUCCACUCCGACAACAGUUAUCACUGAGCAUGACUUGGAAUCCCCUCCAGUUUCCCCGUCCAGCACAACUUCAGCGUACAUCCCGAUCAGCGAGUGUUUUUCGGGUCCACCGUUGACGAGUACCUCCGGUCUAUCAUUACCAACCCAAGUCUAUAGACCUAGUUCCCAGUUCCACAGAGUGCCUCCUCACUUGCUCCCCAUGAAACGGUCAGAGCCAGUGACCAACAACAAUAUCAGUGCAUGCCCUAGUGGUCCCUCAGGGGCUGGAGCUAUUUGUGAUGAGUUCUAUGACUCACCUAGACAAUUAAGGCCUCCUCAUGCUUUUGAUCUGAUAUCAGGAGACCUCAGAUCAAGCGACAGGAGAUCCACUCAAGGAGAUUGGGAUGCUCAAAAGAGCCCCGGAACAGAUGCUGAGAGCAGUGUUUUCACGGAUGAAGAAUGGACUGGUCCCGGCAGUAACUUGGGUCCAUCCGGAACUGCUCAUAGUCAGAGACCUGUUGUGAAUUGGGAAACUUUCCCGUCCAGUGAAGGUGAGCAGGGUCCAAAUGUGCGUCCAUCAGACAGCUCGGUUGAUUUAGAUUUUAGUGCAGAUGCUGGAACCUGGAAUACAUUGAAUCGAAUCCCAAAUAAGUUUCAAGCCGGUGAUCCUAAAACCAGUCUUAUAAGAAAUAAUGCACCUCCUCCCCCAAGGCCUCCAAAACCAUCACACUUGUUAUUAGAACCACCACCACCUGGGCACAAUUAUUUAAAUAUUGAAAGUGUGUCUCCAGCAAGUCAUAGUGCUGAUGCCUUAGACAAACAGAAGAUUGAAAGUGCCUCAAGUUCAGAACCUCCUUCUCCACUAAUAGCUACUUCAACUCCUUUGGAUGGACCAUCUGCUGUUCCUGGCAGUGCUGUUGUCACUGAUGAUAUGUAUGAUUUUCCUCGAUCGCAUCAAUAUGCUGAUACUCUUGACAAUACUCGACCACUUGUCAUGAAUAGACAUUGUUACACAAAUGCUGCACCUGCACAGGUGAAUGGAGAUGGGACUGUAUUCAGAUAUGACUUUCAACAAACAGAUGGCCAGAUGCCUGUCAACUCAGUUAAUGUAUCUGGUCUCCAAGAUGAUGAACCCACAUCUCCUAGAUCAGAGAGCUCUUCUGUCACAUCUGCUACUCAAUAUUCCAAUCUUCCCAGUCCCCAUAUUCUCCCCUCUGGUGGAAUACCCACCCCACCAGCUGUUGACCGAGGUCUCAAACCUAGACGCAAAACCUCUGAUUCUGCUGCAUCCAAUGAACCCUCACCAAGCCCGUUGAGUCAACAUGGCGUUGGUCCGCCCAGUGUGGACCGUAAACUGAAACCAAGAAGUCACACAAAUGAUACAAGCUUUCUUAAACUAUGUGCUCCACCAAAUAAGCGUCAAGAUGGCUCUCGCAGUCUGCGCAAAACUAGGACAGGUCCAAGCCCUACACCACCUCAACCACCGGGAUCUGCCCCUUCAACUUUGCGGAAUGGCCCCCGGACAAGAGCUGAGCACUAUUCUAGUUCAGAUGACGACCCUCGGCACUCACCCGAGGAGGACCAAUUCUACAUCUCAUAUGGCCCUGACCUCCGGUUUCUGUCUCCUGGAAAUAAGGAGAUUAAGUACCUUGACUUAGAUCUAGAGCAAGACAGCAAAAAUGCCAGUCUUCCCUGCCCCUCUAUAUCAACUGGUUUUGCAGGAAUUAGUCUUCACCCUGCUCCCAAGUCUCCAGAAAAGGGACCACCAACCCAUACAGUUUACAAAACUGUUGAUUUCAUCAAAACUGAGGCCUUCAACCAAACCAGAUUAGAAGCAGAGGCAGAAAAGAAGAAAAAGAAAACAGAAAAAAUGGAUGACCACUAGUUAUUAAGAGCACUGAACAAUAUUAGUCACUUGUUAUCUAGAUUAUGUACCACCUCUGAGGUUAACUGACACAACAGUAAGUGUUUGAACCCUUAUAUGUCAUACAUGCUCAUGUGGUGAUACAGAUUUUGGGUGAUAUGUAGUUGCAGUGUGUGGAAGAGUGAGCCUGAUCAUGGAAGCCAUACUUGAAGUCAUCUAUCUGUCCUGUGUAUUUUGGAUUUCGGUCUACUCACUGUGAUUUCAUUUUUAAAAUUUUUUUUUUCUAGUUCUGGCUACUAAGCUCAAUGUAAGUAGGAAAUAUUUUGAUGCAUCAUUCUUUUCUCUUAUAUGCCUAGUGAUGCCUUUGAACAUGAUCGUAAAGUUGCAUACAGAAGAUGGGAGGACAAAUUGUGUGUGUGUGGUUCAGGCAGCAUAGGGCCUACUAUCAUGCAGGCAGGCUGGCCCUUCCACGGAGGAGGUGUGUGCAUAUGGACGCAAACACUUCUCCCUCUUUCCCCUACAGGCUGUCAAAUCACCACUCUAAUCACCAUAUCAACAUAAGCCGCGGCCCUCCUGCUAGAGUUGACUUGAGCCGGUCUCUCCUAAAUUUGGCGUGUUGAUGUCGACAAUGGCCGGCUAAUGUCCCCAGUGAAUAGUGCAUUCCGACCCUCGGACGACUUUAGCUGCGGCGCGCGGUUAGUGUUACCUUUAGCCGGUUAAAGUCGACAUUAGCCGGUUAAUGUCGAUAUUAGCCGACUAACGGACUUUAAUCGUAACAUUUAGAUGCCGUCUUUCAUGGUUUGUAUUUUUUUAAUCUAAGUAUACCAAAUAAUUUCAGAUUUCUUAAAUCAAUUUUCUCUUCUUAAUGGCACAAGAGAAUUUUGUUGUUACAGCCAUAUGACUAAGUGUACCAUGUGUAACAAAGAUUUUGAUGCUUUUUGUCAACUUGUGUCCCAAGUACCUUUGGCUUUUGCUAUUUUGCUCAGGUCCUAAACAUAUCAUAUAAUUAACCUGGGUACUGUUUCGUGUGCUCUAGAUAAGAAAACAGUUCUUCCUGCAGCAGUUUUUGAAAUGUAAUCGCAUUCAUAUGAAAGUGCAGUGUGAAAUAUUUCUUCUAUUUCACUUUGUACUUUCAAAAACUAUCUCCUUUCUUAUAGUGAGUGCCUUUAGUGUCUAUGAAAUUGGUGUCAGUAAAAGUCAAAGCUGUUUUUUUAAGGUCAUAUAAGGUCCAUGUUGGUACAGUGAAACCUGGAUAGUAAGAAUACUUCUUUAAAAGGCUAUCUUGAUACAUUAUACUGAGGCCAAGGUCUCAAGCAAUUUUUACUUAUCUAGGUUUCACUUUAAAGUACAACUAUUACUAUAUUUAGAUAUCCAGAUAACAGAAUAACUGAUAUUAUCACUUAAAACAAGCACUUCUUUUGAAAAUCUUUCAACAAAACAAAGUAUUUUUAUUUAUAUACGAGAUUAUAUUUUGUGGAUCAAUAUUUUUGGAAAUUUGUUUCCUUGACCAUUAUCAAUUCUCAAGGGUAUUUUACAAAGUUUUCUAUUUAUUGUCAAAUUUUGGAUCUAAUAUUGGCACAUUUUCUUAACUUAAAGAGUGCUUCCUCUUGUAUUUGCUCCCGGCCAAUAUUUGAUGUUCUGUGUACUUGGACCAUCACAAUAAUUAAGGAAACAAUGAAAUAUAUAAUCAAUGAAGUGUUGUCUUUUGCAAACCACAUCUUUUUGAUGAUCUUAUAGUUUAACAUUAAGGAACCUGUGUUGGGGGCUAUGUCAUGUUCUUUAUCUCUCUACAAUAAUGCUUUGUGUUCUAUUGACCUGAUAGUGUUUUCUGUAAAUUUCCACUCAUAGCUUUUCCUUAAACACUGCAAUAAUGCAUGUUUGGCUCAUUAAGUGACCAAUCGCUCAAUUGUUUACAAUAAUGGGUAGUUGUGUUUCCUGCCACUCUAGCUUAUCACUUUCAUUCUAAAGGAGAUCAUUUAUUUAUUGAUUGUUUUCUGUCACUGUCCAUCUUGUGUCUUGCUGUGUGAAAUAGGCUUCUAAUAUCAGCAAUGUCUUCUCAGCGCAGAUGCUGUGGCGGCCUGAACCGAGCCCGAGCCGGUUUUCUCGACAGAUUGUCAAUUUCUUGCCAUUUUGACAAUUUUUUUAAACCACUUUUAAUGUACGAAGGAACUUUUGUUGUUUCUUCUCAUACAUUUUAAACUCACUUCAGAUUGAAUUAAGAGCGAAUUAAGAUUUAAUUCUUUUGAAAUUGGGUUAGAGUUGUUACUGCAUUGCAACACUUGCAACCUUUUUUUUGUAGAUUUACACCAAUGUUCGUGCCUUUAUAAUGCUCCCUCUUCUCAUAUUUAUCACAAUAGAAAUGAGGAACUAUUUCAUUUUUCAUUUUUCUUUCGAUUUUCAUUUGUCGCGCAUAUUAUGUCCUUCGACUUGAAAGUUGUUGAUGCAAAGUCGAACCGAUACAGAACCAGAAUAUCUCACUUAUGGACUGCCACAAGGAAUCAUUGUUUAAAAGCUUAAAUUACUUAUUUGAUUUGUAACUGUCUAUCCCCUUUCUAUCACGUUAUCUUAACCAAUACAAUACCAUUUAUUAAGUAAGUUUUGAAUAUUCUUCUUUUUCUGUACCCAAAUGCAAGUGUGUUUCAAGUCAUCGAUAGUCUCAAUCAGUUUAUUUACUCUGUAAUGUUUUGACUGUCACAUGGUUCUUAGUUUUAUUUCUACUAAUCUAAUCUAAUGUACAUAUGAGGCAUCCUCAGUUUGUGGCAUUUGUAAAAUCUAGUAGUCAUUUCCUCAUCUUUCUCUUUUUCCUUUUCAUUUAAGUUGUACAUGAAUACUUUUUAAAGGUUGUUGUUACAACACACAAGAGAUGUAAUGCAUGAUAUGUUGACAUGACAUGUAUUAAUUAAUUUUGAUACUAAAAGGUUCAAUAUUUUCAUUAGAAAAUUGUACAUAUCUUUUACUUUUGUGAAUAUUGUUAUAAAUGAAUGUAGGGUUGUAUGCAUCUGGACUUAGUUACACUGUCAAGAUAAAUGUCCCCGCCAAACUCUUUCCGUGUGAAAUUUAUUUUACAACUUUAAAAAGGCCAGGUUGUGAUAUAGAAAUUUCUAUUACUGCCACAGUCCUUUUUUUUUUUUAUCUAUCUUGCAUUUAGUUUCAGUGCUUUAAUUUGUAUUAACAUUGUUUCUAUUAUCUUCCUCAUUGUUAUUAUUAUUGCCUUGUAAAAAUUUCUGACUUCAACUUCAUACUGUUGUUUCUUUUCAUCGUUUUUUAAUUUUGUAGUGAAGGAAGCAUUUUCCAUAAAUUCUCUGUAGCAUUUUUGAAAUGACACAAGUGUGUUGAAUGGUGAUAAUUUUAAUUAAUGAGGAUUGUCGAAGCUCAGCUAGUAGACUUUAACUGUUGAGCAUUGAUGGUUUUUAUUGGUAUCUAGCCUAAAAUCUAUUGCCUUUGUAAACAAAUUCCUAUUUGUAGCAUGAAAUCUUCAGCAUUUGGGGAAAUGUGAUAUAGACCCAAUGAGAUUGUUUUAAAGUGUCUUCUCUGUAUCCUAAGUUUCAAUUUCUUUUUAUCACAUAUAUUUUUGUGAAGAAGAAAAUGUAUUAAAUUUGAGUUGGACAGCAGAAAAGUGGAUAUAAAUUUUCCUAUUGUUAAAUGCCAUUUGUCUUGUGCCACAUAUUAUAUGUUUUUGUGUACAGUUCAUACUAUAUAGUUUAUGUAUAAAUAUUUACAUGUAUUAUGAUUUUACCCUUUGACUGUUAUUAGAUCUUGUGUUGAAUGUUUUUGUAUAAAACUUUAUACUCAAUUGGAAUUUGUUAGUAAAACAGACAUCCGAGUAA